AUGAAUCCCAUUCCUGCUGAUUGGGCAUUGACCACGACUCAUCUUGCCAGCGAGUAUGUCUCUCGACAGUUCUGUUCUAUUGUCGGAGUGAUGCCCAAAGUCCUCCCUCCACCCGAGCUCGAUGUAGUUUUGCUUAUGGCUUGCUCAAAUCUUGCACGGCGCCUCACCGAUGCAUAUCUUAAUCCAGUGACAAUUAACUUUGAUAUGGUCCAGUAUUCAGAUGCAUUGCAUAUACAAGAAACAGGCAUCAAUCCCCGGCACGAACAAUCCCUCCUGGAGCGAUUUCCGCCGGUUGGUCAACUUAUGCUUGAGUGGCCUACUGUUGUCCUGGACAAAUUUGGCCUUAUUGUUCUAUGGUAUCUCCCUGGAGUGAUUAAUGAAACCAUACAGAGUAUCAGCCGAACUGCCGCCAAGAAGGAGAAAUGGCACACCCAUGAGAGCAAUUUUCGAACCAGUGAACACAGCCUCACUCCGGGUUGUAUUAAUCCAUCUCCAGGAUGGUUCCUGCAAGGUCAUCCAGCUCCAAAGUUUCAUCCUGAAAUAUUGGCAACCCUUAAACAGGAUGGGUCAACUAUAUGUCAGGCAAUCCAGCGGCCGGUGGUCUUGGCUGCCACUGCAUUGAGAGUCAUGCAUGGUGGCUUAUACUGGUCGUCUUUGACAACUCAGCUCGGCCUCGGUCUAUGGGCAGACAAUAAUCAAUUCAAGGACAUGGGAAAUUGCCUCAGACAAUGGGUGUCUUCAUUUACAGUUCUCGCUGUUAUGUGCAAUCAUUGUUCACCCCUGCACAGAGACUCUCAAUCCCUCGCUCAAUGA